AUGUUUAAAAAAUAAAUUUCAAGUUGGACUUAAUUCAACUCCCCAAAAGUUUUGAAUAAUAAUUUGAACUCACCAUCAAUAAAAUCAGAUUAGUAAUCAAAGGAUGAAAUAGAAGAAUAACAAGACAUGAUUAUUGAAGAGAAUUUUAUAAAAAAUGUAGGGUCUAAUCAAAAUUAAAGAUUUGAGAGUGAUUUUACAGUUGAAGAUUAAGAUAAAAGUAUUUAUUAUAAUUAUUAAAUAAUAGGAAAUAUCUUACAUUAAACUGCAUUAAGACAAGAUAAUAAAGUUUUGGAAAUUUUAAUUGAAGAUUAUAAAAUAUUACUUAAGGAUAAUAAAAAGAAGUUUAAGUAUUAAUAAUAAAAGAAAAUUAUUCCUUAAAAAAUGGAAGAUGAUGAAGAAAUAAUUGAGAUUGAUUUUGAUUUUGAUGAUAAUGAUGGAUUAGAAAUUUAAGAAUAAAUUAAAAAAUAUGUUCAAUAAAAAGAUAUGUUUGGAUGUUCACCUAUAUAAAUUUGUUGUUUUUUAAAUGAUCCUAAAUUGUAAAAUAAUAGAUAGGAAUGUUUAAGGAUUUUGAUAGAAAAUGGUUCAGAUGUAAAUUGUAUCAAUCCUCAUAGUAGAUGGGCUCCAUUACAUUGGUGUGCAUUCUAUGGGGAUUAAGUAAGUGUUUAAUUCCUCUUAAAAAAGAAAGCUCAUAGCUUUUUGUGUGAUAAUAAUGGACUCUAUCCUAUGGAUUUAGCAGGAAAGAAUGGCCAUUAAAGAGUAUUAUAAUUAAUAAUAGAUUAAAUUGUGGCAUUUUUAACUGAAUGUUAAUAAUUUUGGAUUAAUGAAUUAAAAGGAAAGAAUGAAAGUGAAUAUAUAUAAUUUCAAGAAAUAUGUCAUUAAUAUGAAGCUGAAUUGUAAAACCCUUUAUUAUAUACAAAAAUUCUAUAUUGGUGUUGCCUUUAUAAAAUAAAUCACCAUAUUAAACAUAUUUUAAUAAAUUUACCUAGAAUUUAUAUUAUGUUUCCCAUUAAAUCAUUGGAAGGUUAAACAUGUUUACAUGCUUGUUGUUCUUAGAAUAAUUAUGAAGCUUUAAAAAUAAUUAUAAAAUUUGAAAUAUUAGAUCUAUCAAUGAGGGGACCUGAUUCAAAUAAAAAGAAGAAACCAAAUAAAAAAUUUAGAGAUAGAGAAAAUUAUUAUUCAAAAUCUUUAAUUAGCUAUUUAGAAUAGAUAUGCAGAUAAGAAUUACCAGGAAUAACUCAUAUAUUAGAAAACAGAGAUUCAUCAAUUUAUAAAGAAAGAUAUUAUCAUGAGCUUGAAAGAUAUCAAAUUUAAGACUUAAAAUAUAAGGAGGAAUUAGGCAAAUUAAUUAUGAGGUUCAUGUAAUAAAAUGAAUUAAAGAAUGAUAAAUAAUAUUACGAUAAAACAAAGGAAUUAUUUUGCAAAAAUGUUUUAUCAAUUGAUGUAAAAGACAAUCAUGGAAAUACUGCUUUACAUUUAGCAUCUUUAAAUGGUGAAUAAAAAAUAAUUAAAUUUUUAUUAAAUAAAUAUGCAGAUCCUGAAGCUGAAAAUAAUGAAUUUUUUAGAGCUAGGUAAUUAACAAAAGAUACUGCUACAUAAAUUUAUUAUGAUGGUUUAAUUAAAAAAAAGAAAUAUGCUCAAAAUUAAAAUUUGGUUCAUUAAUCAAUAGGGGAAAUAUUUGAAAAGCAUAAAUAAAAAAGAGAGAAAUAAAAAGUAAGUUUUGAAGAUCAAUAUAAUUUAAUGGAAAAUAUAGUAGCAAAAUCAAAGUUUUAUAAAUCAUAACUUAAAACAAAGAGGUAAAUUCAAGCUUAAAAGUCAAUAAAAGAAUAAAAAACUUUGUCUUUAUUUAAUGAGAAUGAGUUAGAAAAGAGUCCAGAUUUUUUAAAAUCUUCAGUGUAAAGAGAAAAUUAGAAUUUUUUACAUAAAACUGCAAAACCUAAAAAAAAUAAAAAUUAAAUAAUUCCAUUAGAUAUAUCUAAUUCUAUUUAAUAAAAUUAAAAGAAUAAUUCAUUUGAUUGUUUAGAACAAUUAAUAUUAUUUUCAAGCUAAUUAUUUGUACCUGAUAUUGUAUUAAAAUUUGAUCAUUCAGUAAAAACUAAUUUAAUUGACAUUUUUAAAAGUCAUAAUUUGUAAGAAAUUGAAGAAUAAAAAAGAAUUAUAGAUUAAUAAAUUAAUUUUUAAUUAGAUUUAUUAUAAAAAGCUGAAUUUGAAAUAUAUAUGAUGUAGUCAUUUAUAUCUUAAUAAUAAGUUUACAUUAUGUUAAGAUUGAAAGAAGAAAAAUUGGAAAGAUUAGCAGAAGAAAUGGAAAUGUAGAUUAAAUUAAUUGAUUCUUAUGAUUUAGAAUAAUUUAAAUCAAAUUAAAGGAAUAAAUUUGAACCUUUUAGAUCUAGUUAAAGGUAAAAGAUUGUAUAUGAUCAUUUGAUUAAAUCUAUAAAUUUGGAAUCUUUACUUAAAUCAAAACUUGUUGAAUCUUGUUAUGCUAUGCAUACAUCAGGAGGAAUUUAAAUUAUUAAAAGAUAAUGGUAAAAAUUAUCUUUUGGUUUUAUACCUUAACCAAUAAGUCAGAUUAAAGAUUAUCUUAAUGAAGGUAGAGGAAGAAAUUUUACAUCUUUAACAACAAUGAGAUUAUAUUUUGGGGAAUAGAUUUCAUUUUAUUUUGCAUGGAUAAGUUACUUGUCUUGUGUUUAACUAAUUAUAGGCAUUCCAGGAUUAGCACUUUAAUUAUAUGCAAUAUUAUAUGAUUUUCAUUCUGAUUUAAUACCAUAUUGGGUAUUAUUAGUUACAAUAUGGUCUACUGUUUAAAUUGAAUUAUGGAAAAGGAAAACUUCUGAAAUCAAUACAAGAUGGGGUUGCAUAGAUUAAAUGCUAUAAACUGAAUCCUCAUAUUAUGAAGGACCUUUGAAAGAUAAAUUUUCAGGAGAUGAAGAAAUUAAUUUUAUUACAAGAAAAUUGACAAAACAUUAAUAAAUAACAAAAAUGGCUAUUUACUUUAUUCUUUUCAUUUUCUUAUUAGCAGUCUUUUUAUUUUGCAGUCUUGCUAUUGUUUAUGGAAUUGAUUUAUUAAAAUAAGAACUAAUAAUUUAUAAAGGAUUUAUUUUUUUACUUGGAGCAUUAUAAGCUGUUGCUAUAUAGAUUUUAAAUAUUUUGUUUCUUUACUUUUCUAAAUGGUAUGCAGAUUAAGAAAAUCAUAAAUUUGAAUUAAGUUAUUAAAAGUCAUUAAUUUACAAAAAUGUAUUUUUUAGGUUUAUAAAUUCAUAUAUGCCUUUAAUGUACAUAAUUGUUACUUCCAAUAAAUAUAAUCUUGAAGAUAUCUUUUAUUUUAUAAUUCCAUUAGUUUUAGUUAAAAAAGCAUAUUAUAUUGUAGUUAAUUUUCUAAUACCUGUUCUAUUAUUGAGAGGAAGAAUAAGAAAUUACUUUUAAAAAGUAAAGGAAAUAACUAUAAAAUAAAAGAAAAUUAGAUUAGCUAAUAAAUAACAUCUUUAAUACUUAGAUGAAAUUGAAUAAUUUUGGGAUUAUGAUGAAUUUAAAAAAAAUUACAAAUUAGAUAUUCAGGAUAAUAUAGAUGUAGAUUUAUUAGAAUCAGCAGCUAGACCUGUUUUAAAAAUAGAGAGUGAAGAAGUAUUAGAGGAAAAGAUUUUAGAAGAAACUAAGAAUCAUAAAUUUAAAUAUAUGCCUUUUGAAACUAAAAUAGAUGUAGAUGCUAUAGAAUUAAAUUCUCUGAAAGAUGAUUUUGAGGGAACUCUUGAUUAUUUUAUGGAAGCCAUAACAGAUUAUGGUUAUUUUAUUUUGUUUUCUGCAGCUUUUCCAAUAGGGCCAUUUGUAGGUAUUGUAAUGAACACUAUUGACAUACAAGUAAAAUUAUAUAAAUUAAUUUACAUGACAAAAAGAAUAAAAUCUGAAAGAGUUCCUGGUAUUGGAUAAUGGUUAAAUGUAUUGGAAUUUUUAAGUGCUACAGGAGUAUUUACAAAUUUUGUUUUACUUUAUUUUAAGCAUAGAUAUGCUACUUUAAGGAUGUUUACUGAUUAAGUAGAUUAUGUUAUUGAAAAUGAUUUAGAAUUAUGGUAUUUUAUGAGUUGUGUUAUUGCAAUAUCUCUUAUUAAAAUAUUAGUUAGAGAAUUAAUACCAGAUAGACCUGAUUGGGUUAUUGAAGAGAUUGAUAAAAUAAAUCACCGAGAACUUGUAGAACAAUAAUAGAAAACUUAGAUUAAAUUAAAAGAUUUAGAUAGACAUUAUAAGGAAUUAAAGUAAUUCUUUUAUAUAUAAUUGUUAUUAGGGAUGAGAAUAAAAAGUUAAAAAAAGAAUAAGGAGAAAUAGAAUAGUCAACUGAAAUUAAACUUAAAUAAUUGGAUACAGAAAUAGCUAAAUUAGAAUCUUAAUUCUUUAGCAUUUCAAAAUAUAAAAAGUUAGAUAAAAUAAUUUAAACAGAAUAUGAUAUGAUAGUUUAAAGUGUUAUGAAAAUUAGAUAUUAUCAAAUUGAUAAUGCUUUAAUAAUAAAAAGAAUGCUUUAAUUUCUUUAAGCAAAUUUUUCAAACUUAUCCAUUUGUUAAGAAUGUGGCAAAAAUCCAACUAUAUUAGAAUGUAUUGAGUGUACUGAACAAUUUUGUGCUGCUUGUUAUUAAAAAUUACACACAAUUACAUAAUAAACUUAACAUAAUGUAAAUUUAAUGAGAAAGAAAAAUGAAAUAUUAGAAUAAAUUGAAUUAAAUGUAGUUAUUGAUAAACCUAAUUAGAAGAUGAUACCUAAUGAAUUAUCUAAAUAGUUGAAAUCAUAAAUUAAAGUUUCAGAACCAAAAAGAUGUUGGAAAAAAAUUGAAUACUUUUUUAUUCCACUUUAAUUAUAAAAUGGAUAACCAAAAUUAAAUGAAUUAUAUAAUUAAUUUGGAGAUUAUUAUUUAAGAGGUCCUGGAUUAGAAUUCAGAGAUUUUAAAAUUUAUGUAGAAAAGAUUGUUCCAAUUAAAGAAUUAAUAUUAAUAGAAGAUUCUACUUUAAGAAUUGAGGAUAAAAUCUUUUUGAAUAGAAUAGCUUUUUGUUUAUUUAGGAAGAAAAAGAAUUUAGCAGAAAUAUAGUUAUUUCUUAAAAAUUGUAGUACUCUUUAAAUUGGUUAAUUGGAAUAAAAAGUCUUAUUAUUUUUUGAUCUACUUGAUUUGAAUGAGGAUGAAGAAAUAUCAAAGGAUGAAUUAGAAAAUUAGUUUUUAUUAUCAUUUGUAUAAGAUGUUCGAACAAAUAAAACAAUUUUAGAAAUGAUUGAUUCAUUUUUCAUUGAUAAAAUUAAGAAAAGAGAUAAAAAAGAAAUAACUUAAAAGUUUUUCAAUAAAGUGCAAAGAAAUAAUGAUUUUUAAUCAUUUUUAGAAAGUCUUUUAUAAGUCUAAGGAUUAAAAAAUUGA